AUGCCUUCUUGUCGCUGCGUCGUUCAAGACUGUAGCAACAGGUCGAAUCCUAAAUUAGGCAUUUCUUUGCACAAGCCGAAGACUAGCUUUGAAAGCCAGAAAUGGAAAGCCUUCGUCCGAACACAUCGCGCCAACUUCAACCCCAAAGGGCUCUUCAAGAUUUGUUCAGUUCAUUUCACUGCCGAUUGCUUCGAGCGGGCAGUUCAUGUACCUGGCGCUCCGAGAGUUACACUUGCCGGAGCCAUUCCAACGAUUUGGAAGUUAGGUGAAGCGGGCAAUUCCAGUGCCAUGUCAGCGAGAGACCGGCGUAUGGUAAGUAAUAAAACAUUGUAGACCUUUGAUCCUUGUUCACACGUACACUUCCUGGGAUCGCGGUAUUUCAGCUUCAAGCCGGCAUAAGAAAGGGCAAAAGGGUUUUUUUCUAAAACACAGGCGUAAACUACAUGCACACUGAGUAAUGAACAGAUAUGACAAGAACUGAAAGCCCAGUAGUGGUUUUGUCGUGUUUCGCGCGUUCGAGCGAAAAUGAAUAAGUCACUUAUACAGUGUUUUGGUUGCCUUCGCUGCAGGCUUUCAACUCGUAAAACGAAUAAUAUUUUUUGGUUCUUUGAGACUGCAAGAUCAUUUAUUGAUGCUGAACUGUAAGAUCGUUAAAAAAUAACAUUAUGGAUUUGCCGAUCAAUAUCUUUACACCUUCGGUGUUUUUUUUUUUUUUUUUUACUGGAAAACUAAAUUCUGGUCUGUAGGCAAUGAAACAUAUCCUAGCCGUGCACGAAGCUAGCAACGUGGCCGCCUCGCAAGAACUUGAAGAAGAUGAAGAGUUUGAUUUACCCGCAAGUGGGGAAUCUGCGGUGCAGGUAUGUCCAGCUACGAGCCUUUUUUUUUAGGAAUCUCACAAUGGUGACUUUAUUUAUAGCCUCUCACAUAAACGGCAGUCGGUUUGUUAUUAUUUUGUAUGAAUCCAUUAGAGCUACUGGCCUAUAUGUUGGAGUUAAAAUUUGUUUAUAUUUUUCUGAUAAGUUAACUCUGAAUACAAAGAAGAGGGUAUUGGCCACCAUUCAUAAAAAAGAUAAAUUAGAUAUAGCUUCUUUGUUUUUCUUAUACACUGGACGAAAAAACGGAUUUGCGUAAGUUUGCUAGUUGAGCAAAUCUAUUGUAAAUUUAGGGUACUAAUGUUGCUACUUAUUUGCUCUUGGUGCAAAUUUUGUUCGAAAGUGAAAGUUUACUUUUCUGCAAGGGUGGCGUAAAUGUGGAGUAAAUAUCAAGAUUACAGAUAUUUUGUUUCACUUUUGCUCCCCAUAGUAAAUUUGGUGCUUAGAUUCAAAUUUGCCACCAUUUUGUUCUGUGUGUAAAAAUCGAACGUCAAAACUGAAUGUUUGCUUGAUAUUUUCUGGCAUAGCAAAGUUAAUGUGUAAAUUUAUGGUUACUAGAGGCGUAAAUUUAAGCAAAAUAUGAUCAAAGAACUAUCUUUACGACCACUUUAACCAACGUUUGCACAUUUACCAAACUUCACAGUGUUAUUUCACGCAAGUUUUGAUUUUCCAUUGCAUUUUCCGUUUCAAUCACCAUCACAUUCUUCUCAAAGUUUAUAAUAUCACUUGCUGCAGCUGGUUAUUUCAUCCCCCCUUUUUUUUCGUUUAGCGUCGAAUGCGUUUCCUGAUAUUGUGUCGGUGGCUCGGAAAAAAAAUAUCACGAGAAGUCUCGGAAUAGGAGGCCCUGACGUAAAACGUUACCAUUUAUAAUUUGGGUGAACAAAAUGCACAAUAUGUGAAAGGUUUGAACCCAGGAGUCAUUUCAAUAGUAGAUUGCAGAGUUUCAUCGUCCGGGUGAAUGUAGUCCUGAAUGCACUCCGUCGCAAGAUUAGCCGCCAUGUUUGUUGCCCAGGCUUCCAUGUGACUUUGGCUCAUGCGCGAUUUGAUUUACAUUGUCACGUGCGGCUUUUGAACCAAUAGAAUAGUGUAAAAUAAACUUUCGUUGAACAGUUCAAAUUCACGCGGACUUCACAAGCAAUACAGCGUUGCAAAACGAGUAGUUUUGUUAUUUUCGGAUAAUAGAAAGCCUGUCUUUCUAUUCAGCUGUUCUAUUACGAUUUAUACCUUUGUUAUCUUCGAGAGACAGUGAUCAGUUGCGAUAUUCUUCACAUAAAGCCUGUUUCCAAGUCAUCAACUCAGCUGGAUUGCAGAAAGGUAUGUUCUUCUUGAUAUCGUGGUUCGUUUACUUACUUUGGUUUUCUAAUAACUUUGCGUAAGCUUAAAACCUCAAAGAUAAAUCUUAAAAUUUAAGAUGCAUGCACAGAUAUGCCAUUGAUUGAUUCCUUUUUGUUUACUGCAGAAAUAACUGUACUCUUUUGUUGCGCAUCGUCUUCAUUAAUAGAAUAAUCUUAAUAAGUAGCCGGAUCUUGAGCUGUGCAGGCAAACAUUUCUUUUACACCAAUAUAAGUCGGUGAUGUGACCUUAGCAUGUCCAUAAUUCAGAAAUUUGGCUUGUUGUACAGCUGAGUUAAUAUGUUAGAUAUUUGGGGUUACUGUACUUUUCAGGUGACAGCACUUGACAAAGCAGUGGUCACUAUAAUUUAUUAUUUAAUAUUCUACUACAUUUCAAAUGACAAAUGAUUUCCCUUGUGAAAUUUUUACAGUCAAAAACUCUUGUUUUACAUCUAUACAUAAUUAUGGUUCAGUGAUGUUGUGAAAUCUUAAUUUGGUUCAUUUUGCAAGUGACGGCACAAGUUUGCCAGAUCUUGAAGCAUAUGUGUCAUUCUGAGUUACCAUUGUAUUAUUGUUCCACAUUUAAAUGACAAAUGAUUCUUAUUUCAUAAAUUGUACCAUCCAAAACUCUUAUGGUUUAUACAUAUGGUUCAGUGAUAUUGUGAGAUCUUAAUUUUUUUUCAUUUUGUGAGUGACCGCACUUGCCAGAUCUUGAAGCCUAUGUGUCCCUCUGAGUGACCACCUUAUUAUUGUUCCACAUUUAAAUGACAAGUGAUUCUUCUUUCAUAAAUUGUACCAUCCAAAACUCUUAUGGUUUAUACAUAUAGUUUAGUGAUAUUGUGAGAUCUUAAUUUUGGUUCAUUUUUUGAAAGUGACGGCAUAUGCCAGAUCUUCAAGCUUAUGUAUCAUUCUGAGUGAGCACCAUAUUAUUGUUCCACAUUUAAAUGACAAGUGAUUUUUUCUUUCACAAAUUGUACCAUCCAAAACUCUUAUGGUUUACACAUAUGGUUCAGUGAUAUUGUGAGAUCUUAAUUUUGGUUCAUUUUUAGUGACGGCGUAUGCCAGAUCUUGAAGCCUAUGUGUCCUUCUGAGUGACCACCAUAUUAUUGUUCUACAUUUAAAUGACAAGUGAUUCUUCUUUCAUAAAUUGUACCAUCCAAAACUCUUAUGCUUUAUACAUAUGGGUCAGUGAUAUUGUGAGAUCUUAAUUUUGGCUCAUUUUGCAGUGACGGCAUAUGCCAGAUCUUGAAGCCAAUGUGGCAUUCUGAGUGACCACCGUAUUAUUGUUCCACAUUUAAAUGACAAGUGAUUCUUCUUUCAUAAAUUGUACCAUCCAAAACUCUUAUGGUUUAUACAUAUGGUUCAGUGAUAUUGUGAGAUCUUAAUUUUGGUUCAUUUUGCGAAUGACGGCAUUUUUUUCAUUUUGCAAGUGAAGCCUAUGUGUCAUUCUGAGUGACUACCGUAUUAUUGUUCCACAUUUAAAUGACAAGUGAUUCUUCUUUCAUAAAUUGUACCAUUCAAAACUCUCAUGGUUUAUACAUAUGGUUCAGUGAUAUUGUGAGAUCUUUAUAAUUUUGGCUCAUUUUGCGAGUGACGGCAUAUGCCAGAUCUUGAAGCCUAUGUGUCAUUCUGAGUGACCACCGUAUUAUUGUUCCACAUUUAAAUGACAAUUGAUUCUUCUUUCAUAAAUUGUACCAUCCAAAACUCUUUUGGUUUAUACAUAUGGUUCAGUGAUAUUGUGAGAUCUUAAUUUUGGUUCAUUUUGCGAGUAACGGCAUUUUUUUCAUUUUGCGAGUGAAGCUUAUGUGUCAUUCUGAGUGACCACCGUAUUUUGUUCCACAUUUAAAUGACAAGUAAUUCUUCUUUCAUAAAUUGUACCAUCCAAAACUCUUAUGGUUUACACAUAUGGUUCAGUGAUAUUGUGAGAUCUUAAUUUUGGUUCAUUUUGCGAGUGACGGCGUAUGCCAGAUCUUGAAGCCUAUGUGUCAUUCCGAGUGACCACCACAUUAUUGUUCCACAUUUAAAUGACAAGUGAUUCUUCUUUCAUAAAUUGUACCAUCCAAAACUCUUACGCUUUAUAAAUAUGGGUCAGUGAUAUUGUGAGAUCUUAAUUUUGGCUCAUUUUGCGAAUGACGGCACUUGCCAGAUCCUGAAGCAUAAGUGUCAUUCCAAGUGACCACUGUAUUACUGUUCCAUAUUUUAAACGACAAUACCUCAUUAUUUAUACCUUUUGUACAGCUCAAUGAUGUUGAUUGUACCAUCCAAAACUCUUAUGGUUUACACAUAUGGUUCAGUGAUAUUGUGAGAUCUUAAUUUUGGUUCAUUUUGCGAGUGACGGCGUAUGCCAGAUCUUGAAGCCUAUGUGUCAUUCCGAGUGACCACCACAUUAUUGUUCCACAUUUAAAUGACAAGUGAUUCUUCUUUCAUAAAUUGUACCAUCCAAAACUCUUACGCUUUAUAAAUAUGGGUCAGUGAUAUUGUGAGAUCUUAAUUUUGGCUCAUUUUGCGAAUGACGGCACUUGCCAGAUCCUGAAGCAUAAGUGUCAUUCCAAGUGACCACUGUAUUACUGUUCCAUAUUUUAAACGACAAUACCUCAUUAUUUAUACCUUUUGUACAGCUCAAUGAUGUUGAUUGUACCAUCCAAAACUCUUAUGGUUUACACAUAUGGUUCAGUGAUAUUGUGAGAUCUUAAUUUUGGUUCAUUUUGCAGUGACGGCGUAUGCCAGAUCUUGAAGCCUAUGUGUCAUUCCGAGUGACCACCACAUUAUUGUUCCACAUUUAAAUGACAAGUGAUUCUUCUUUCAUAAAUUGUACCAUCCAAAACUCUUACGCUUUAUAAAUAUGGGUCAGUGAUAUUGUGAGAUCUUAAUUUUGGCUCAUUUUGCGAAUGACGGCACUUGCCAGAUCCUGAAGCAUAAGUGUCAUUCCAAGUGACCACUGUAUUACUGUUCCAUAUUUUAAACGACAAUACCUCAUUAUUUAUACCUUUUGUACAGCUCAAUGAUGUUGAGGGAUCUUUGUUAGUUCAUUUUGCUAGUAAAUGCUUUGGCUUUAUCAUGCCAAAUAACCACAAUUAAUCAAUUAUUGUUCUAAGCAACAUGUGGGUUGCCUUAAUGUUACGUUUCUCGGGUUCUGACCGGUUUUACGGUUUAUGUGUACAGUUGAGUCAUGGUUGUGCUCUGUUAGAGCCUGGUGACCUGUGGGACACUAUCAGUUCUGCUCUUGAAUGACAGGGGAAUUAAUUUAUUUCAGUCUUUAUUUACACUUAAAAGAGUCUUAAUGAAACAAAUGCAGAUUCAACAGAAAGAGGCAUUUCUGCUCUCUACUUUAACACCUGUUCCAAAAAACAUAUUAUAUAUUUAAUGAAAAAGUUAGUAGGAAUAAAAUGCAGGGAGAAAUUUUUCUCACAAAUAUCCUCAAACUAUUCCUUUGAUUAAGAGAGUGUUUUCAGCUUUUAGCAUCGUGUCAUUGUUCUGCAACCCAAUCAUUUACACUGAGUAUGAGCAGUAUAUGCUUGUUUACCAACUGUGGGUUACUUGUUGGCUGCUAAAUCAUGGUUCGUCAUUUUUCUUUCAGAAAAAAAAUUAAAAGGCCAAUAUGCUCUGAGGGAGUCAACUAGCAUCAGUUAGUCAGACAAGGACAAGUACCUUGCAUGUAUGUCCGUUGAAUAUAUGUCAUCAGAGGAGUCUUUGUCUGAAACAGCUGUAUCAGAGUGGCAUGAAGGUAAUUCUUCAGGUUCAGAUGAGGACCUCCCAAACAGGGAAAAUCUCUGUGUAAGGCCACUUUCCUGGCAGAGCAUUGAGGUUAAUGGUUUAAUGGCCCAGUUGGACCGCAAAGUUGCAUGGUGUCAAAGUCAAUGAAGUGAAAAUAAUGGUAAUAGAGCACACAGUGAGACCAGCAUCAAAUCAAGGAGCACCAGACGAUGCUCCUGAGUUUGCUCUGGCACCCACCACUUACAAUAGAAAAAGGAACUUGAUCAUAAGCAUAACACAGAUAAUUUUUUGAAGAACAUUCAGAAAAGAAGAAGACAUUUUAGAUAAAAAUGUACAAAAUAAUAAUAACACUCAAGUUGAAGUUGACAUGCAUCAUGAUUCAGUUCCUUUUCAGUUAAGUUCCUAGAACCAUAUUUACUCAGUAGACAAUUGCACAAUUUUUUGAGUUUUGAUGAAGACCUACAAUGUAGUAAGUGAAUAUCCUUUGACACCCAUGGGAUGGAGCCACGUUAAAACUAGGUAAAUUACCAAAUCUCAAAGUGAUUUGUCACAAUCCAAUGAAGAUCUUGCCUGUGUUGCAGACACUCUAAACCUUCUGUAUAGAGCAUGCCGUCUGAGAAUUAGUGCACAAUAUCAUGUUUGAAUCCCACUGGGUCACAAAGACAUGCAUGUAUGUCAGCAUUUUGUGAUUGGCUAGGUUCUUAUGCUGUUUGUGAUUAGUCCCAUUUGAAAUAAAGUGUUGACACAAAGUCACAUAAUCUCAAUGACCUUUGUAUGGUAUGGUGGAGCCACAAACUUUCCCUUACCAGACAAAUGUCUGCAAAAUUUGCCAUCUUUGCAGAGCUGUCCUUGUUAGUUUGCACCGAAUCACUCUGUAACUUGGCAACUUUACUGAAUUUUAAAAACCUUCCAUCUAGUAGCCUGUAAAUGCAGCUGUAUUUUCAGUCAUCGUGUCCAUUCACCCAACAUAUGUAAUUGGAGAUACAUCUGCAUCCACUUUCCGCAGUGGUGACAGAUUUCUAGGGCUACCCUAAGCACUGCCUUAAAAAGUGCCACUCCGAGGACUAAAUCUAGCCAAUACACCCCAUAGUAGAGUAAUUACUGGACUCCAAAUGCCAUGAUCCUAUUUUGUUCUUGGCAUAUUUUAUGAAAAAAAGAGUGCAGUUAUGUUUUAUGCCAAAAAAAAAUAACGUGUGUGAUAACAGUUUUUUUGAUAAGCAUGGCUUAAAUUUUAAUCACCUGCAUGCCAAUAACAAUAAUAAUGAUGAUGAAUUAAAGAAGUUCUACAGAGCUUUCAUAGUGUAUAGAUUGUGUUUGGAUAAUUUGGAUAUUUAAUCAGUCCAAUACUGCAAGCAAAACAGCCAAAUCAGUGGAUAGCAGAUUUGCUUUCAUAACUUGAAAAGCUUUUGGCUACCUAUAGGAUGAGAGUAAAAUUGGGGUGUCAUUUCAUGCUAGUUUUAGAGGUUUAGCAGUAAAUAAAGCACCUGUAAAAUAAAAUACAUGUACAUGCUAAAAAGGUGACAAAAUUAACCUUAUAAGUGUUUACUGCUGGGUAAAAAUAUAUCAAAGUCGUACCCAAAUCAUAGAAAUGCACAGAGCUUUUGUGAUAGUAACUCAUUUUAUUUACAAGAAAUAUUUUUAUAUAACUGAUUUGGUUAAAAAUGAAUCAUACAGAUGUAUCUCCCCUUGGGGUAAGUGAAUAGCACUAGGUACACUAUAUGAUAUUAUUCACUGCCUAUUUUGGGUAGUGGAUAAUAUUUAUCAGAUGAAAACAAGUUCUUAUAAAUAAUAAUUAGAGGAAUAUCGCUUAUCAUAAUAAUUUGAGGCUAAUUUUAUUUCCUGUGGUUGAUGUUCUGUCCGUUAAUAAGGAUGUCACAUCUACAUUGGGAGUGAUGUGUACUUGUUGUCAUCGUACAACCAUUUGCCAAUAGUAUCAAUUGAAUCUAGAAAGAGUAUAUUUGAAGUAUACCACUCAAAUGGAUCGAGUUACGUUUUACCUGUACCAACCUUAGAUAAUUAUGAACCAGCUAGUGUUGACUUGCACUUUCAAACCCAAUGUACAUUCUUAUACACUUAUGAAUUUAGAUAGUUUCACAUUGUAUGUGCUUUUUAUUUAAAGGCAUAUAUUUUGUGGUACAUGCAGUGCCCUGCAGAGGCCAAUGGAACUUUCUUUUAAUUUAUCUUGCUUUUUAUUGUACAGUGUAUAUUAAAGAUAAUAAAGUCAUUUUAUUCUUGAAAUUUUGUUUGGUGUCUUAAUUGUUUGUGAGUCAUUUAUGGUACCAAAUAAAAAUAAGAAACAUCUGGAUAAUGAUGUUUUGAUCAAAUUUGCUAUCUUGAGUGAAAGUGUAAAAAAGUGAUAUUUUAAUCAACUUUGUUUACCUUACUUUAAGUAUGGAAAACUGCUAUCAUGGCAAUAUUUGCCAUCCUGAGCAAAGAUACAGAAGAACUGAUAUUUGAUGAACUUUGCUACAAUGGGGAAAAGUAUGGGAAACUACUGUUUUGAUCAUAUCUGCCAUCCUGAGCAAACUUGAGAAAAAAGUGGUAUUUGGCCAAAUUUGCUACCCUGAGCAAAACAGUGGCAAACGCCUAUUUUGAUCAUAUUUACCACACUGAGCAAAGAUACGGAAGAAGUGAUAAUUUGACCUCAUUUACUACACUGGGCGAUACACAAAUAAAGUGAAUUUUUGCUCAGAUUUACUAUCCUGGGCAAAACUGUUGAAAAAUGAGUUUUGGUCACUUUUGCUACAUUGAGCAAAAAUGUGGCAAAUUACUACUUUGACCGAAUUUGCUAUAGAGAGCAAAAGCAUUCAAAAUUCAUCUUCGAUCCGUUUUGGCCAUUUGGGCAAAAACCUGACAAAUGUCAGUUUUGCUAUCAAGUUUGACACCCCUGUAAAUGCCUUGAUAAAGUAAAGGUUAUCCUUGUUUUUACACACGGAGCAAAUUUGAGGCAAAUUCGGCAUUUACCACCUUUGCCACUGAUGCAAAAUUAUGGCAAAGUUGGUCCUAUGUCAUGUGGCAAAAUUGAGCAAAAUUAAGCAAAUGUGGCAUUUGCAGAUGAUUUGCUCCAAAUUUGCUAUAGAGGUAAAUCCGUUUUUUCGUCCAGUGGAAGCUGGAGAGGGAGCCGGACAGUAAUGAAAUUGAAGAAAUGGAAGAAGAGGUUGAGGAGUAUGCAGUAAACGAUCCCCUUUCAUCAUCAAACUCAAUGCAGGUAUUUCCGGGCAGACUUCCACUUGCUUUGCUUAAAAAAUGGCAUGCUUCUUACAUUCUUAUCAAAAAUUAUACUUAUUCUUAGGUUGAACAAACUACUGAAACAACUCCAAUAGAAGGUUCAGUGCAUGCAGAUAUGGAUACAAGUAACUCACUGUGCUCAUCAAGCUCGAUGGUAAGGGAUUUCUUUUAUUUCAAAGAAAACGUGUAACAGUACCAUAUUACCUUCAUUAUAAUAAUUAUUACAUCUAUUGUUAUGAGAAUUUGACUUUUGUUCUUCUAACAAUAUUGUAGGACCAUGUCUCAUCACAAUUUCUACCUGCUGCUGCAUCAACACCAAUAACCCCAACUGUAAGUAUCAUAAACAGGAAGCAAGCAACAUUAUUUUUUUAAUGAAUGUUAGUCCACUUUGACUUUCUUCAAAGUAUCUUCAAACUGCUGUACUUCAUUUUUACUGUCAUGCACAAUAAGUCACAAAGAAACCCACAAACCUCCAAAAGGAAGUUAUGGUUUUUAAAACACAGCGGGCAACUGCAACAGCAAUUGAAAAGAAAAACAUUUUUUAGAACUCGCACAAAUGUUUCACUCUGAUGCCCUUUUGGCCACGUCAUUGUAGACUCAUAUACAGCCAAAAAAGUAAUAAUUUUAGAUUACCACAGUAUACUAAAUAUGUUGACUGGGGCCAAUGCAUAAGCCAUUUAAAGUGACAGUUUUUUACAUGUAAAGAUAUUAAAAGCUGAAUUUUCAACUUAUUGAUAGGCACAUGAAAAUCAAGGUGAAUGCAGCACUUGUCAAGACCUCUCUACAGAGAAUAAAGAACUCAAAAAAGAGAUCAAAGUAUUACGAUUUAAAGUCACCAGACUGACUAACAAGCUCGCAAACAAUCAAAAGCAGUGGGUGGAGACUUUGCAGGAGAUUCACUUAAAUGCAUCUAAAGAUCAUUUAGAGUCAGAUUGUGGUGAGUGUUCUGAAUUUGUGUUGGGUUGUUGGGGGAGGAGUAUUCCAAAUUGUGGGCUAUACAAGACUUUGCAGUUAUUCUCAUUUGUGCUGUUUAUCUUUGAUGGAUACUCCAUGUAUAUUAGUAAAAAGGCAGUCAAACCUUGGUUUUCAAACAACAUCCAAUUUUUUUUCAAAUUUAGUACAAAUUACAGAAACUAUUCCAUCAGAUAAAUAAUCUACUUGUCGUUGAUAGGCUACAAAUAUAGAUAAUCUAAGCCAUAAUGAUUCCUUUUCUCUAGAUAACACAGCACAAGCUCACAAUGCUAAUUCCACUGUGUUUGGUGACCAGAAUAACAGUGUAGAUGACUUUACAGAGAUUAGUGAUGACGAUGAUGACAAUGAAGAGCCUGAGAAUGAUGAUGAUCCUGACUGGACUCCUGAAAAAUUAGAUGAAGUCUAUCAGGAAUUAGGAGACGAUAAUGCGAAUGACAGCCAAACAACAAAGCCUAGGUACUGUAUAGGAUGUACCAUAACUUACUAGUUAAUGCAGACAUGCGCAUGCAAGUGUGGUCCAUCUUGUCUUGAAUAAAAAUCUCAUUAUUUGCGAAGUAAAAAAGGGAGAAAAAGCCUUUCUACCCCCCUAUCCCUUCCUAAAAAAGGCACAUCCACCACAGCAACACCAUUAAAUGUGUUGUCCUGGAGAUAUACAUGUACCGGUAUUAGUAUUUUAAGAGAGAGUACGAUACACUGAUUAUUUCUUUGUAUGACUUUAAAGGCAUCUUCCAUGACUUGACAUUGGAUGAAAAAUGGGAAAUAUCUGACUCAUUUCUAAAAUUACUAUUAUUAUUUAUCACACAACAGGCUGAACUACGCAGGAAAGAACAAGCGUGAGGAGCCUAAAGGCAUUGUUUUUUUAUCCAAGCUGUUACUACUGUUUCAGUACUGCCAUUAUUGUCUUACUCCCAACCCAGAAACUGUUUGCACACAAACAGGAACUCUAUUGACCAUUAAAGCCAAAUGCAGCAGUUGUCAAGAGAUAUUUACCUGGGAAAGCCAGCCAUUCCUUAUGGGCAAAUUUCCAGCAGGCAACCUUCUCCUCAGCUUUGCAACUCUUUGUGCUGGAGCAUCAAUAAAGAAAAUGUUGACAGUGUUUCGGCACAUGGGAGUACUUGUCUACAAUGAGCCCACCUACUACUACCAUCAGCGGCAUCUCCUCAUUCCCACUAUCAUCUCAUUCUGGCGUAAAUACCAAACAAAACUGCUGGAUUCCCUGUAA